AUGGCUGCAGCCAGCACCGACCGAAAGCGUCUGGUCCGGAUCGACCGGUUGGUGCAAGCCUAUAAUCUCCCGCGCAAGCGCGACCCUGACUCGCCACCGCCGCGCUUUGCACCCGAAUGCUCUCCGGGUCAGCGCCACCUGCAGAAAUGGCACGAAAAGCGCCUUCAGGAUCCAUGGCCCAACCGCCAAUACAUCGCCGAAGAGUUCGGCGCUAAUACCAGCCCCAGCCCACACGCUCGACUCCCAUCGAUGCCAGGUUCCCUUCCUUCGAGCCGCCGCACUCUGGCCGCCCGCCAGGCGACGAGCCCAGAGCCAUCUGAUGCAGCGCUCAAUCAAUCUCAGGUAGCGCUUCGAAAAAAUAAAACCAAAACUGAUCAUCACAAAAGCCCAAGCCCUCCCACAUGUCGAUGGCGGGGGGCCAGCACUACACCACCCCCUGCUACCGCAGCCCCCUUACCUCCGAGUCGCGGUGGCAGCUACCGCGAGGAGCAGCAUGCGUGGUGUUUGGAACUUCAUGCCAAGCCCUUGCGCAUCACACCGGAUACUGCUGCACGCAUACUCCUCAAUCAUAGUUAUCGGCAGUGGCGAGAGUGGACGCUCCUGCCCGUCGCGCGGGUGGAUGCCUGCGUCUCCAUGGCAGAUGCUUUUUGUCAGCUGUUCAGUCUAUCAUAUGUUCUCUUGAAUCGCGAAAAAGUAGUGGAAAUUGUCAAGGGCUCAGAUGCUGAGACACAAGCUGCCCUUGUGAUGCAAAAGGCCGCCAGAUCCUUUUUGAAAUACCUGCAACGAGAGCGGCUUCGCCGCCAAGCGGCCGCCAUUGCCGUCAUUUCCACCACCUGGUGCAUCAAGUUGUUCUACCGCGCCAUGCGCCACCGGCGUCGUCGUGCUCACGACGAGCGUUUAGCCUGGAAUGCCGAUCAGCUCGAGGGGCUGCGUGCCAAUUGGUCUCAAGUGACGGCUGAGCCACACAUGAUCGUACAACUUCUUUCGGCUGAUUUUGGAAUCAAAACACGCCAAUGCGAGAGCCAAGCACAGCUGCGCUGCCACGUUCUUUGCCCAGAGUCAAUUGGAUACUUUGUCGCGCACAAUCUACCUUUGUCUCAGUUGGUGCUAUAUGACGGUCAUAUUUUGAAGCGGUUACAGAACCGUAUUGCCGGGCGACCAGGCUACGUGUUCUCCACCGUGCCCAGCCAGGCGGACUUGCAAGUCGCACACACCCUGCAGCUGCCCCUAUUGAGCAGCUUGGCAGAGGAGACGGCGUCUUUGCGAAGCUGGCCCGCCCUGCGCGCUGAUCCCGACCUGGGCUCGAUGCUGGCCCCUGUCUGGCAACUAACGGCGGGCACGCUGAAACGUCAGCUCCAUUCGUUGGCGGCCGGCAUUGUACAGCACGCCGUGCAACAGGCCCAGGAUCGACCCGGGCCACGACCAGUUGCUUGGUGUUUGACGACUUUACAGUCCACGGCGAUUGACAACGUGCGCAUUCUCUUGCCCGACACCUGUGUGCGGGCACACCUGGAGCGCAUCGUCGGGGCAGCUUGCGACUAUGGGCCAGUGUGGCACGCCGACGCCAAGUUGCGAGGUCCACAUGAGCGACGGCUGGCCAACGAGUUGCCGGAUCUCUUGGACAGGUUUGCUGAAUGCCCCAAUCGGCCAACAUUGGAGCACGCACAGGCGGCUGCCGCACCCAUUGAGCGUCUGUGGCGUCAACUGCUGGAAACGGGCGCGAUUGUGCGGCCCGAGUUUGAGGUUAAGGAUUUACCUCGCUAUGAGACGGCUGCUCUGCUCUUGCCAAACCAAACGCUCGCGCGUACUGGGCGCUUGUUGGGUCAGACCACUGGGCUGGGCUGUCUUGAGCCGGGACCCGCCACUGUGGUGGCGGCCUCGGACCGUGUCUUGACCCGCCUGCGAGAGCGUGGCAUCUUGGGGCCGGUGCAACUUCGCUGGGCCCUCCCGGAUCCGGGCCAGGCCCCGAUGCUGGAAGUGGCCAUCCAGCGAUUGGCCCCCUUGGUGUUGAGCGGCGCGCCCACGCCCUGUUUAGUGGCCAUGGACAUCCGACACACGGCUUUACAAGCGUGCUCCAUCCAAAGCUUGCGACACAUGCUUCGGGCUCUGGAACAGGAAGCGCAGGCAAUUGGCAUCAAGCCCAUGCGAGCGCGGGAGCGACAGCACAUUGGAUUGGUGCUGGCCCAGCCGGCUGCAGCCUGUCGGACUUUGCUCGAGAGACUCUUGGCCUUGGUCGUGGCAGACAAAGUGCCUCCCCAUCCCAACGACACGCUGCCCAGCAUCCUUAAUGGUCUGGCGUUAUAA